AUGAACGAGCGAAAUUAUUCCCAGUUGCCCCUGUUGGAUCUCCAGGAACCGUCGGCCACAUCGUCCAAUAGGAUGAAGACCAAGCCGAAAUCGUAUCUACGCUUGUCGCCAUGGACGAGUUGGAAACGGCGCUUCGUGGUCUUCCCCACCCUGGUCUUGAUAGCGCUGGUGACGAUACUCUGGUGGAUGGAUGCUGAUCUGACGAAGAGAAACGACCGGUUGCAAACAUCCUCCGAACUAACGAGCAUCAAGAAGCAGGCGCAGAAAAAGCCGCCAGUUCAAACAGAGAAGCUCUCAGUACCUCAAGGUCCAGCUCAUGAGCUUCGAUAUCUGAGCUAUCUGCCUCAUUCAGGCUUUCACAAUCAAAGGAUCGCACUCGAGAAUGCACUCACGCUCGCCAAAGUUCUAAACCGCACAUUGAUCAUCCCUCCAUGCAUCCUUGGGACUGCGAUUCCAUGGGUCGAAUUCGAUAAACUUCUAAACAGAUUACGCACAAUCAGUUCGAUCGGAUAUGAAGACUGCUACUCAUCAGAAGACUCUGAGCAGAUGGUCUCUUCAAGGGAAUGUUUGAGUCAACCUCAAGGAACCUGGGUCGGUUGGAAAGAAAUCAUCAACAUGGAUGAAAUUAGGAAAUCGGUCAAGAUUAUUGAACGCAAGUCAUUCGAGGAGGAUUGGCUAUUCAAGAGACUCGGGAUCAAGAAACCAGCCGGUAAAAUCCAACAAAUCAAGGAAGGAACGAUUUAUCAGUACAAGUUUCUCGUCCGUCCAAGUCGCAAGAAAGCCGGAAAGAAAGUGGCAGAAAAGAAAGUCGAGCUAGGGAAAUUUGAUACGUUUAUCGAUGUUUAUGAACACUUUGGCAACUCGGAUGCCAACUUGAUCGAAAUCGGUUCACUCUUUGGCACCAGUCGAUUGAAGAUUACCAACGAUCCGCUUGCUCGACAAGCUCGAUCUGAAUUUCGACGAGCGAUGGUCUUCAAUAAUCCAGUGCUAGACAAGCUGUCCAGACGAAUAGCUUCUCAACUCUUCCACCCUCCCACUGGAUACUUGGGCGUCCACGUAAGAGUAGGAGAUAAUCUGUUUAGAUCACACGCAAGUGAGACUGUCUCUACGAUCAUAAACAAAAUGGUCACAGAUCAUUUGAAGCUUCCUCUAAGCACACUUCAAGAAGCACUACGCCAGUCCGAUCUCCAAGACUACCGACGACAGUCUGCAAUGCUCGUCAGUGACCAGCCUCACGUGGCUUGUCGGGGGCCAAAACAUACAAAGCCAAAUCUUCUGAAGUUCAACCAGCCAUUAUUUCUUGCGACUGAUUCACCCUUGCCUCAGGUCGAACCGGCUCUGAAGACGUUCUUCAAGGCUUUUCCGUGUACUUACUUAUUGAACGACUUUCAACUCUCCUCAAUAAACGAUAUCAGACUUUCUGAAGAUCAUCAGGCUGAAUCGGAUCCUGCCAUCGGGAAACUGAUGAUCCCCUUCCUUGAUGCGAUGGUCGCUGCUAGGGCUACUUCCUUCGUUGGGACGCCUGGUUCGACUUUCAGUGACUUCGUCAACAACGUCCUAUUCCAGAAUUAUCACAACUUGUCAAUCAUCGAAUUUGGGUGA